UAAAGAUGUCAUCUCAAUCGCCCCCCUCGUCCGCUAAACCCAAAGAAACGGAAUGUAACCAAAUAGUCCCUAGCUAGGAUAUAUGGGUACUCUACUCUCUCCAAGCAAUUAAUUACAAGAUGGUUAGAUGGACUCCUACCCACUCAUUCCCUCAAUCAUAAUAGACAAACCCUCCCUCCCCCACCCCCCUCUCUCAAAAGGCCACCACUUGAUCACAUUACACACUUAAAUGCCAUCUUCAAUAACUUCUAAGCUCAUAUCUCUCUCAAUCACAAACUUCAUCUUCUUAACAAACCUCACUACUUAAUAAAUUACUUAUCCAUUGGAUGUUGUUAUCUUGUUCUUUUUUUUCUUUCGUCUGAAGUGUGCUCUUUGUUAGUCCGAUCCGGGUCUGAUUCGAGCCGGAGAGUCGUGUAAUGUCUCUCGAAUUCACCACCGAACGUGUGUGUUAUGUUCAGUGCAACGUCUGCAACACUGUUCUCGCGGUGAGUGUUCCAUGCAACAGUAUGACCACAGUGGUGACAGUGAGGUGCGGGCAUUGCGUGAAUUUGUUCUCUGUUAACAUGGGACCUAUGCUUCACUCCCCCCCACUUCAAGAUCUUCAGAAAGUGCAGAGACAAGCGGCAAAUGGUAGAAGAGAUUGCAGCUCAUCAUCAUCUGAUGAAUGCAUCAAGUUUGUGGCUCUUGAAUCGGCUCAUGAUCAGCAUCAACAGCCUCCCAGAAUGCCUCCCAUUCGCCAGAAGAGACAACGUGUUCCUUCUGCAUAUAACCGAUUCAUUAAGGAAGAAAUCCAAAGGAUAAAAUCAGUCAAACCGGACAUUAGCCACCGUGAAGCCUUCAGCACUGCUGCAAAAAAUUGGGCACAUUUUCCGCACAUUCAUUAUGAUCAAAAACGGGAUAAUAGCAACAAGCUUCAGAAGUCGGAUGAUCAUGCAGUUGCAGGAGAGAUUACUCCCAAAACUCAUCACUUGUACUGAUGAGAUGAGAUUAAUUACAGCAUUAUUAUUGCUCAUGUCAAUAAAAUCAUAAAAUUCCUUAUAUUUCCUAACUAUAUAUUUGUAAUUUUUACAUUUUGAUACAUGUAUAAGCACUAUAUACCAAUAUUCUUGUGAAAAAUGCUAUACUAUAUAUAUAUGAAGUUGAUUAAUUCUUUAAUUACAAAAAUAUCAGCCAUUGCAUCUGCAA